AUGCAUCAAAAUCAACAUCCUCCACGUCAACAACACCCCUCUAGUGCUCCAAACACUCCCAAACACUCGCCAUCGAUGAAUAAUCAUAGUAGUAAUACUACUACAACAACAACAUCCUCUAAUAAUAUCAUUAAAACUAAUACACAGCAGCCAUCCAAUCAUCCACCAAGUCAAGCCUCCAUGAUGAGUUCUUUUACUCUUCCCAAUAAGAGCAGUAGUAAUGUAUCAAUGACAAGAGGCAUGAGCGGUCAUUCAGAAAUCCUCUUGCCAUCAUCGAUGAUGGAGGAUGUUUCUUCAUCCAAUCUCUUCAACUGGCGGCCUAAGAACACUCAUGGUCGUGACCAUGUGCAAACCAUCACUACCACCACCACCACCACUACGGACUCGACAACUUUUGCUGCUGGUUUUGCUCCAAUGACCUCUUCUUCUGAAUCUUUAUCUCCGAAUCAUCAUGAUCCACCAACGAUGACAUCCUUGUAUGCAAGACGUUCGUUGUUGAACUCGAACUCGACCACAACACUACCAGCGUCGUCAUUGUCGUCGUCUCUCGGAUUCAUAUUGAACCAACAAAAACAAAAACAACAACAACAACAACACCUUAUGCCCAUUGCGACCACAUCCCCACCGCCCUUACCAUCUUCUUCCUCAUCAUCAUUAUUCAACCAUGAUCAUGAGAAAAUCAUCAUUUCACCUUCAGACAGCUCUCCACUGAGCUCAACCUCUCACAAGAGUAGUAGAAGUAAUAACACAACCUUCUUUUCAGGCACGCACAGCCAUUCGAACAAUGUGGCGAGUAUUCAAGAAGCAACAGCCUUUCUCCCUUCAUCAUCCCAAAUGUCCUCUCUUUUAAUGCCAUCCGACUCGGCUGACAGGACAGACAGUUUGAAGCUACCUUUGAUGAAUAGCUUUGAGAACAUUCUUCUUCCAUCACCAACACUGCCAGUUGCUGCAUGCACCACCAUCACCUCUUUUGUCAAAUCUGAAAAAUCAAAAUUGGAAAAGAAAGAAAAGACAAAAAUAAAGAAAUCAAAAGAGGAGGAUGACAAAAAGAGUAAAAAGAGAAAGAAGACAAAAGCUGAAGAUUCAGACAAGAAGGAAUCAUCUUCUCCUAAAAAGAAGAAAAAGAAAAAAGUUGAAGAAAAUUCAAAAUCAUCCAAUUCUUCGAAAGCAAGCUUGAAGAAAACUUCCAAAGUGAAAACUGAAAACAAUCCUAACACUAAACAGUCGACAUCAUCCCAUGAAGAUGUAGUGCAACAAGUUUUUGGUACAAUUCCAAACCAUGUGAACAUUCGUAUUUGUUGCCUUAUUGAACGAGAAACAGAGGUGGAUAAAGAAAUUAUUUCGGAAGAAAAUGGAGAAAUCUUUAUUUAUGGAAAUAGAUUUUUGAACGAUUUAAUUGAAUGGAAAGGAGCGCUGUUGGAUGCAAAAAAAUUCUUUCAAUUUCAUGCUGCGUUUGUGUUAACUGCCAUGUCACCAGAAGACAUCACGAGUGUUACAGACCUCGUAGAUUGUAUGAAAGAAGCUUUGCAAAGUUGUGAAUGUGCUGAAAGAAUGUAUGAUUUUAGACGUGACUUUUUGAUUAAGAAUGACUCUCUCGAGUACAGAUAUAAUACCGAAUCCUCUACGAUUGAAAUAACAUUGAAAUGCAAAUCAUUGAUUGAGGGAGUUUCAGUCAUCAUUCACAAAAUGGUUGCUAAACAAGAGAAAGAAGAGAUGGAACAAGUAAUGGAACAAGAAAAUCAAGUACAAGAACCAAUAGAAGAAGUUACAGUAAUAUUCACAUUCUUUCUUCAAAACACUCCUCAAAAGAAGUAUAACAUUGAAUUGAAGACUACUAAAACCUCAAAUUACAAGAAGAUUAUUUGUGAUAAUUUGCGCCUCAGUGAUAAAGAUAUUCAAAAAUAUGAGGAAGUGACAAGAGAUGAAACCACCAUACAUGCUCGUGGAAUACUACCCAAUAGUUUUAUGAAUGCAUUGGCUGGUCGUGUGGAUGUGAAUGUGGUGCAUAGACAUGUGUUCUAUGAACAACGAGUCAUUUCUCACACACUCUACGAACGAAUGAAAACCAUUAUUGGCCAAAUGAGGUUUAAACAAUUCAACCAUUUAUGUUUCCUUGUGGCAACACCAGAUCAGAAUACUCUUUGGCAUCAAACAAUGGAACGACUUGAAAGAGCAAAUAUAUUACCUCCAAACACCAAGCUCACUUCAGUGUCUAUUAAAUACAGAAAGGAUCAUUUGAAAAUCUUUGAAGCAUUUAGAAAUAGGAUUGAAAAGGAACAAGAUACAUUAUUCAUUAUCAUUGCAGAUGAAUGCCAUUUUGCCAUUACAAAAGAUGGAGCUCACGACAAAAUUGUGAAUGAUGCGUUGGCAUUGAAGUAUGACAACUUUUUUGUCUUGCUUGUGAGUGCCACUCCUUACAAUGUCAUUUCUGUGGACUCUAAUGUACCUGAAAUCUAUGAACUCAAAGAAACUGUUAACAAAAAUGGUAUCUCAAUUCCACAAGGUACUCGAAUCAAAGUCAUCAAAACUGAGUACAAAGAAUCAGGAUUUGGAUAUCUAUUACGACCACAUUCAGAACAUCACAAUGGUUUGGAGAAUAUUGAACUCAUUACAGACAAAGAAGAGUAUUUGGAACCCGUGAAUGCUUUGACAGGAAAAAUUGGAGAGUCAUUUAGUGCAGGAGAAAUAGUUCAAUAUGAUGAAACCAAUCACUUACUCAUGUCACUCACUUCAGAUAAGCAAUUACAAAUUGAACUUAGUUCAAGAGAAAUACGAAAAAUUAAUCCUUCAAAAACGAUUUUCAAACUGAAAAAGCCAAUUGGUAAUUUACAAUUGACAGAAAAACCAUAUGUAGAGAUUUUUGACACAAUCAAAUGGAACAUUACAUUUUGUUCUGUUGAUGAUCCCUUGAUUGAAUGUAGCUUGAAUGAUUGGGAAUUUAGACAAUACACAGGCUAUGAGGAAUAUCAUGUCGUAUGUUGGCAUGAUGUUCAAAAGAGAACAAGUUUAGAAAGAACUGCACAAGAUUUUCAAACAAAACGAUAUUUUAGCAAGCAAGAUUACAUCAAUUCCAUCAAAUCAGGUCAAGAUCUUGUGUUAAAAGAUCAUGAGUUUGAAAAUAUUUUGCGAAAUGUUAAAGCUGCAAGUGUGACACUUAGACCAAUCAUGCUUGCCAUUGAUUAUCAUUUUUGGUUUGUUUAUCAAGCAAUGACUCACAAGUUGUGUACAAGUACGGAAGCGUUUGAUCAUUUCUUGAGCAUUGACUCCAUUUCUACCAAUGAUGAGCACAAAUUAUAUGUUUCCUCGUGCAAAUUAGUCUACUUGUUUUACAUGACUAAAAAGUAUGGUGAUCUUAAAAACAUGGAGCACGUUUUUGAAAAUGAAUAUCUCAAUGAAGAUGAAGAGGAUGUUUUUGAGGAAAAGAAGACAAAAAAAGAAAAGAAAAAAGAGCUAAAUAAGGCCUUAAAAACGAUGAAAAAAAACUUGGAAAAAACCUUGAAAACUGUGAAGAGAAAAGUGAUGGAAAGUUUUGACAACAUGAUGAAUAAUAUUCCAAUGAAAAGUCAUACAGGCCAUCUCGUUCAUGAUCUUUUAGAGUCAGGAAAGAUCAAUCAUUCAGAGCCCAUCUUAGGACAAAUGAAAAUUAUUAGAAUUACAACAACUGAAUUUGCAAACACAGUCGUUUCCAUGCUCAAAUUUUCAGUCACCAAAUUAGCUUCAUUGUCAGGUUAUAUUUUACCUGAUGUCUUAAUUGACACGGGUGAAAAACCUCUCACAUUGGAUCAACUAUCUGUUGUAACGAGAUUGAAAUUAGCAGAGAAAAUUCUCUCCACAGAAGACUAUGAACUCUUUCAAAAGAAUCCAGCAAGACUCUCAAAAGAAAAAAAGUCCUUAGAAUAUAUCAAUCUUCAAAACUUUCCCUGCAUUUUAAUCUUGGUAGCUAAAGGUCGUCAAGGAGACACUUUUCCUCAGAGUUUCGAUUGUUUGGACAUGAGAGCAAAAGGAGAUUCCUUACCAAACUAUUCUUCCUUUACACAAGAAUUUGGCCGGUUGUGUCGAUAUAUUGAUGACAAUGAUAAGAAACCUAUUGCUCUCGUUACUGAUGCAAUUUAUAGAGAUUUAGAUAAAUGUAAGAAUGGAACAUCUGUUGGAAAUACAAACAUGAAACUCGACGCUUACAUGACUAAAAUGAAACUGACUGGACAAAAAUAUUGGUCGAUUGUCACACAUUGUAGAAGAACAAUGCAAGCUGUGGAUGGAAAGAGAGUGAAAGGAGAUAAAUCAGUUCCACCUUCCUACGACUGUGGAAGAGCUCCAAAGCAAGAUAUUUCACAAAAAGAAGCUCACCAAAAUAGAAUGGUGCUUUUUGCAGAGCCACAAAUUGGCAAAACCGAUAGUUUUCUCCAUUUUCUUGAGAGAGUCAUUAAGGGUAUUGAAGAGAAUCGAAUGGAAAGAAUGAUCGAUGUACCCGAUGCAGGAGAACAAGUGGAAGAGGAUGAAAACUUUAUAGUUGGUGGUGGUGGAAACAAAGAUGCGAUCGAGUGGAUUCUACCUUAUCAUCAAGAAUGUGCCAACAAAAUUCCUAGUUAUGAAUCGCUGACUCCUGGCAAGUAUGGAAAAUUAGUUCUCAAAACAAGAAGUGAAAUUUAUGAGGAAUUUAAACAGAAUGCUCAUGAAAUGAUUCACAGGCUUUCAAGAGUAGAGAGUUCAUUAUUGAGCUCUGAAUAUCAUUGGAAAAAAUUAUUAGAACUCAUCUCUCACAUUGAAACACAAUCGAUGGAUCGUUACAAAUUUCAGACCUUUGAUGGUAGAUAUCAUGAUUUAUUGAAAAGUAUGGCAAGUUAUAAUAUUUUGAAAAUGGGAAAAUCCCAGUCGAAUGAAAAAACAUCAUCCAAGCAACCAUCAAGCUCCACUUCUUCUCAGUUAGUUAUUACUAGUAAGAAUAAUGGUCUUGCUGAUAUGUCAUGUAGUAGACGAGUGAACAUUGUGCAGCAGAGAGAAGUUUAUGAUUUGGAAACUUUUGAUCACUUGAAUGACAUUUUUCCAAAUCUAAAACCAAAAUUGUCCAUUCCAAACAGCAAAAAACAUUGGUUCGUCAUUAAUCAAGACAACAAGAAAAUAGAAAAGUUGACAAAUUCCAAGGAUAUUAGAAGUUGGAUUUUCAUGCCUUCCUACAAUCGAUCUUCAUGUGGUCUCUUUUAUUUAAAUAGUAUCAAAAACGAAAAGGAUUAUAGACAAGUCAUUGUUGUAAGAAGUCAAGAAUUCAAUUGUUAUCGAGAUCUUAUUGGAGGUGAUUUUGUCAUUCUAUCGCUUCCUGACAUGAUUGACAUGAAAAAGUUAAUGAAACUUUGCUCCAACUCAAAUGAAAAACGCUUGAACCAAUACAACUACACCGUAGAAGACAAAACCAUUGGAGAUUAUGAACUUAAGGAUGAUAUUGGAGGAGUUGGAUUCUCUCGAUUGACCAUUCAAAUACUGUCAUAUCAUUGGAACCUUGAAUUUGUGUGGAUGAUGGAUGAUAAUUGUCACCAUUUUGAAAAAGUUGAAAACGGCCAAAAGAUACCAUGUGCACUCGAAGAAGUAUUGCUACCAAUUGAACAAAUUGUUUACGAUGAAGAUCAACGUUUAGAAUUCUUUACGCAAACACUCCAUGGCAAAUAUUCUCGUGACAAUCCACAACGAUUGCUCAAACUCGAGGAUCCUGUUAAAUUAUUUACUCCAGGAAAAGAAAAUAUUGCCAUGAUUGGUAUUCGAAAAGACGCCUAUAGAUACAACUCUGAUCUUCAUUACAAGCCCUUCCUUAAAAGUACAACCAUUUGCUCCUUAUUUUUAUUGAAUGUGACAAGAACGUUCAAAGAAGGAGUUUUAUUUCCAUGUCGUCGAUAUCAAGAAGACAUUGAAUUUGAAUAUUUGUGUGAUGAAAAGGGUUUACUAUGCAUCAAAUCUCAAAAAUAUUUUCUUCACAAACCCUCCAAUCCAUUACGUAUUGAACCAGAAACAUACAAACCUUCCAUGUACGAAUGUGACGAGGACAAAGUGAAAAGACUGUUAUGCAACUACAUGAUGAGUGACCCAAGACCUGAACCCUUGUCCAUGUCACAAGAAUACAUCUCAUUAAGGGAUGCAAUUACAGAGAAUAUAAGAGAAUGGUCAGAUCCUCCUGAAAUUGAGUUUGACAAAUUAAUUAGAUUUGUCUGCGAAAAUGAAAUGGAAUUCUUGUUGUUUUUGACGAGCAAGUAUUUGAUAGAAAAUAACACAGAAAUUACUGCUGCACUUAACUUUCUUACUCGUCGUCAUCCUCAAUUCAAGUUUGAGGUUUCAUAUUACACUCCUCAAAACAAUGAGAAUAUUCAAGAAUUAAUAAUGAGAAUGGUCAUUCGAAGAAAAUAA